AUGGAUUACUUUACGAAAUUUACAAAACGUAUUGCACCUCCUAAAGUGCAGCCAACAGGAGCAAUGCAACUUUCUAAAUUUCAUAAGAAUUGGGAAUAUAUUCAUAAUAUUUUUGUUAUGGAUGAUCAUAAGGCAAACGUACAUGUACAGCAAACAGAAAUUCCUGCCAAACUACGUCAAAUGGUUGAUUUAUUAGUGGAUGAGGAAGCUCGUCAAGAAGAUAAUACCACUGGUCUUUGUAUGGAAUAUUUUUUGAAAAAUGGUAUCUUGCAAUAUCUUGUUAGCAUUGUAGAAAAAGCAGACUAUCCUGUAGGUGUUCGUGGAGAGGCAAUUCGAAUGAUUGCAAAUAUGAUUGAUUUAUUGGAUGAUCGGUUCCUUGUUCAUAACGCUGUACAUAGGCCUACAAUUAGAUUACUGCGUUUUUGCGUUCUUGAUGAUCGUCAGAGCGAACUCUAUAGUGAUGAUCUUGUAGAUUUGAUGUAUAUUAUAUGUUCAAAAAUUCAUGGAUUUCCUGCUCUUUUGAAUAUUUUUUUCCAUGAUAAACUUUGGUUAAAUAUGCCUCAAAAGAGUUCAAUUGUAUCUGAAAAUGAUAACAGUAACACUAAUGAGAGUGAGCAUUCUACAACGACAGAAAAUCCUCAACAUGAAUACGAAUUUCUAUUAUUUACUUAUUUGUUACGUUUUGUACAUCGUGAGGGACGAUCAGGAGAUUUUGCGAGAACCGGCUUAUUGUUUUUAAUGGAACUGGCAAAUGAUCAAUUGGGUGAUUUUAUUUUAGGAUCUGAUUUUGCAACAAUUAUGGCCGCUGGGCUCGGCGCUCUGUAUUCUCAACUUCCUAGAAAGCUGAUAAUUAAAGAUGAAAUAGAGCAAAUCUAUUCAAAUCCAGUAUCUUAUUUACUUGGUCAAGACUCCCUUGAGAAUAAUAUAAAGAGUAAUAGCAAUCGAUUUGCUCGUUUUGGUUUUGGUGCCGAGUAUUCAAAUUCGCAUGAAUUUAGAUAUCAGCUCGAUUCCUUUUUAAAGUUGCUAGAGUUUUGUCAAGAUGUUAUUAUACGAUGUCCAAAUCCUGACAUAUGUAUUUCACUUUUGAAGAGUAUACGUUCUAUCUUUUUAGAAAAUAUCUUAUAUCCAUCUAUCCUUGAGUGUUCAGAUCUAGAUGGAUCUUCUGUAGCUGUUAUCAGCUAUAUCGACUUAAUUUUACAAACUGUACAACAAGAAGAUUUAUCAAAGGUGAUUGUAGGUUAUUUAAUGGUCGAUGAAGAGAUAGCAGUUAAUGAGGAUCUUUCUAAUGGAAUAAAUCAUAUGGAUAUGAAUAAGGAUAAUACCAUUUCAAAUAAUAAUCAUCAUCUUGCCCAUUUUACGCUCAAAGAUUUAAUCUUUAGUCGUCUUAAAUCUAACUCUCAAUCAACCGUAAUUGCAACCUUGAAGCUUCUUAAGACACUUAUUACUAACCAUUGCCAAUAUUCUCUUGGAUUACUUUCUAUAUACAUUGAACAUGACAGUCGGUCCGUUAUUAUCUCGCAUCAUUUACGUGAGAUUGAACUCUAUUUUUCACUAAUUGCUGCUAUCGAUAAAACUCAUGCAAAAGAUGUUUUGGGAUAUGGUUAUGAAGAAUAUCUUCGAGAUGUAGAGAUCAUGUUUGAUAAUGACGACUGCUAUCAUCAUAUGAGACUGGUUCAUGAAAAUUCCUUUAAUAUGAAAAAUGACUAUUAUAUACAGACACCAAAGGCAAAGAGAAGAAGGAGUUUUAAAUAUGGUCAACGUUAUGAAGAUAAUUCUUAUAAACUCAAAGAAAAAGAAACAAAAGUAAGUUUGAAGCAACAGACAUGCGGUGCAAAAUCAUUACUACGACAUCGACUUCGUUCAACAGAUCCCUUAUUACAAAUUUUAUUGAACUUGUUGAGUCACUUUUUUACACAAUCUGUCGAAUUAAAUUUAGCAUUAACUGGUGUCAUUUCUGCACUAGCGCUUUGUCCAUAUCGUAAUCUGGAGGGCUGGAUAACGUUCAGUGAAUCAGAUCGUACAGGUCAUGAUGAUGUGCGUGUAUUGGAUCCUAAAGAAGAUCAAGCGUCUACUAGUAAUAAUAAUAAGACUGAAGCUGAUAAAGUGUAUCAACAAGAUAUAUAUGAACAAGAGAGGAAUACUAUUAGCUCACCUAUAAAUAAUGACAACGAUGUUGAUGAUGAUGAUGAUGAAAAUGAUGAUCGUUCAAUUGAUUUUGGUGCUGAGCAAGGAUCAGACAAGAAAACAUCGCCUACCUAUUUUAAGUCUUAUCCAUCCUUUUUUACUUUACUUCGUACACUUACUCAGCAAGUAGAUUAUUAUCGUUCUGAAAUACAAGAAUUUGACACACUUUUAGAUGAACGUCGUAAGGCUUUAAUAACCGGUGAACUCUCAUUCUCAGAUAAAAGAGUAAUGUCUCCUUCAAAUAGUUUGACAACGGCUAUAAGUGCACGUAUCAUGAAUAACCAUCAUAAUGCUAUGAACAGAAAGCCUUCUAUCCUUCGCCCUUCACUCUCAACACCUUUACUGAGUCCUUCUUCUUCUACUUCAGUGACAUCUACCCUGACGGGUGUAAGUAGUUCACCUAUUUCAUCCAACUUAUCCUCUAUUUCUAAUACCAAUAUGAAUGUUAUCUUGAGUAACCCAAUGUCACCUUUAACAGUUCAUGUCAAAAGGACGACAAAUACACGUCUUCAGCCCCUAUUUCCAUCCAAUUUUACUAAUGAAAGAGAAGAAGCCAUUUUAGACUUGGAUGAUGAAGAUGAACAUAUGUUUACUCCUAAAUCAGUUCAUCCAUCAAAAUCUAAUAGAGUUGAUAAAAGUACUGAGAUUACGCUUUCAAUGUUACUAAAUAACGUUGUUAUUCUAGAGGAAACGAUUAAAGAGUUAGUUGCUCUAAUUCAGGUUCGACGUAGUUUGGGUAUUGAUAAAAUUUCAUAUGUUUAA